AUGGCGAACUCGUGUACAGCAUUUCUUCAUCCUUCUGCUAUCUGGCAAGCUUUACUUGUCUUUAUUUCUGUGGCUGCAGUUCGGGCUACAGAUGCUGGGGGCCAAGUUCAUGCUGUGGAUGUUGGGGGCCAAGGUCAGUGUCCUCCUUUCUCCUGUGGUAAUCUUCACAACAUAUCCAACCCUUUCCGUAGGCCAGGCGACCUAGAAGAGUGCGGUGUAAAAGCAUACGAGCUGGUCUGUAGCCAUGGCAAGGCAACAAUUCGCAUCAACACAGGGACAUAUUUUGUCACCAGCAUCAACUAUACCGAUCACUCCUUCUGGGUUGUGGACGCCAACUUGGAUAUGCACAGCAGCUGCCCUCUUCCUCGCUGGGAUCAGCUUCCUUACACUUAUGAUGGAUCGUACUGGACAAGUGGUUUGCAUUUCCAUUAUGAUUUAUGCACUGAGGAUACCGAUAUUUGGGCAUGCUUCGUUAAUUGUUCAAAGUCAAUAACAAAUAGUAGCAGUUAUUAUUUAAGUGGUUGCCUAGUCAACGAUCUUGAACCUUCUUGUGGAUACUUGGCCAUGACCCCCUUUGUCUAUAGAGGUAGCUGGCGUACGGAGUACCCGUUAGAGAAUGCCAGUUAUACAAAUAUCAUAGAAUAUGUAAGGAAGGGAUUUGCUGUUCGACUUCCUUAUGAUUCUUAUUCAGGCCGGAAUGCUUCUUGGAUAUUCAAAAGAUGCCGAAAUAAUUCAACCAGCUACUUCCAUGAGCAAUUAUUUGGCACAAGCAUCCUGAAUUGGACCCGUGCUUUCUUCUGGAGUGAAUCACAUUUCGUACAAUGUGUAUACUCAUACCAUACCCCAAAUCAUAUGUUCCAGUGGUUUGUGAUAGCCAUAGUGUCUGCUAUAAGUGUGGCCAAGUUAUAUUUUGUAUUAUGCAGGCUUGUACUCCCAGCACUGGUAGUAUUCACAUUCCUUGCCUACAAGUACUGGAAAACAAGGAUAACGAUUGAUGCAGUCGAGAAGUUCCUCCAGAUGCAACAACUGCUUGGUCCGAUUAGCUUUGGUGCCAUAUCAAGCAAAUCUGAUGUUUAUAGCUUUGGUAUGCUACUGCUGGAGAUGGCUGGAGGGCGAAGGAAUGCAGACCAAAAUACAGCCAACUCAAGUCGAGCAUACUAUCCUGCUUGGGUUUAUGACCGUCUAGCUGCACAAGAAGUUGGUGAGAUAUCUAUUGUGGCGGACAUGCAUGAGUUGGAGAGGAAGCUGUGCAUUGUUGGGCUAGGGUGCAUUCAGAUGAAGCCGCAGGAUCGUCCGACCAUGAGUGAAGUUAUAGAUAUGCUUGAGUGUGGCAUUGAUGGCCUGCAAAUGCCUUCUAGGCCAUUCUUCUGCGAUGAUCAUAUGGUUGAUAUAGAUUCUUACCAUUUCAUGUCAGAGCUGAAUGCAAUUGAGGAGGAAGAUGAUUGA